GCUCGUAACUCGUGCCCCCGGUCGCCCUGAGGGAAACGUACAUGCACGAGAAAUUGUGCGUGUUGCGUUUCCUCAGGGACGAUCUGGGGAACGAUUGGCCCUCAGUCGGGAGGAUGUAUAACGAGCAUUGGUAUCCCGAUCAUCCUAAGGGUGUCUACAAGGGCGCUCUGUACUCACGGUACAAGAAAGAAGUACCCAAGGGUGAUGGUGGCAAUACCGCAAUCUUAGGGGUUGAUGACGACUGGGUGUGGGUGAGCGAACGAUACAGGGCCGUUCCGCAAGCUGACCCCCCAAAGGACAAGCCAGUGCUAAUGUUUCCCGCGGCGACCGAAGAGCAGAACAACGAAGCGACAUGUGUCGUCGAAAACGGUAUCACCAUCAACCAGGGAGAUGCCAUGGACACGUCGGAAGAUGAAGAUGAAGACGAGGAGCCACCCGCGCCCCGGCGCCCAGGCGCUCUCACUAUCAUCACUGGUGCUUCGUUUGCGGUCAUGAUCUCAAACUCGGAUACGGAUGAUAGAGAGAUGCCCUCUAUACACACGUUCGUCUUGCCAAGGCAGAAUAAUCUCAUGUAG